GCUCAGACGCGGCUAGUUCAAGUUGCCAUAGCAGAGAGAAGCAGGCGUCUGCUGCUAGUUAUCUGUGCUGCAGCAAACCUGUCCGGGCCGCCAUUACAGUAUAGUUAUAAUAUUUUAUUUUGUGUCAUUUAAUUUUGCUUAGGUGCUUUUAUAUUGGUUUAAUUAGAUGGCUAAUGUUUGGUUAGCUAGGCGGCUAACGUUCCUUAGUUCCCACUUGUUGCUAACCAGCUGGAGCAUCCUUCACAACAACGAGGUCUAUGAGAUUAAAUACAGCCUCAAAUGUGGAGCUGUCUCCUUAUUUGGAUAGUUAUCUAUCUUAUCUGUUAAUUUAAAUCAAGAUGUCAAAUCGUCAAUGUAGUUUGCCGAUGCCAUGUUUAUGUUUUAUAGAAAAAGUUGUCCUUUAUGCCACCCCGCUGAGCGAACUAAUACACAUUAGAGCAAACAGUUAGCGGUUCUGGUUGUUGCUCCGGUUAGCUUUGCUUUCUGCUGGUUGGAUUCCACUAAAAAGCCAUGGACACCUCCAGCGAGUCGGACUCAUACGAAAGGAGGAUGCGGGGGAACAGAGGCCGGGGGCGUGAAUCCCACCGCAGGUCUGAGCGGGACAGAAGCAGAGACAAUGCGGGAGGAAACUUAGAUCUCUCUGAUAAAAUCAGCACCCUGGCAAAUACUUUACAGGACACCAGUAGAAACUUGACCAAAGUUGACAGAAUGCUGGGUCAGUACAGGGAGCAUGCAGAUGACCAGGCAGAAGCAAUGACACUGCUCAGGGAAAGCUUAGAGGAUUCAAUCAAUCAGCUGCAGACAAAGAGGCGAAGCAGAAGCAAUGGGGUCCGCAGUUCCUCGGCCUCUAGCAUGCACACCAGUGACCUGGAGGCGUGCUCCGGAUCAGAGGAGCAGCGCUUCUAUCCCACUUCUCCACUCAGGGAUUACAGUAGCAGUCCAGGAAGGAGGAGGAGGUCUCAGUCUGCUGGCGUCCGCUUCAAGGAUUCCAACUUGGCAGCAGACAAUAUUCAUACGGUGCACCAGACUCUGCGGGAUCUGCGCUGUGACCAGCAGAGGCUGUCUGAUGACCUGGAUAGAGAAAUCCUCAGGAGGAAUAGGUCUGACAUUGACAACAGGCGGGCGAUGGAGAAUCUCACAGAGCACAUGACGGUUUCCCAGAGGCAGGAAACGGUGUCAUCUCGCGUGGAGCGACGUCUGCAUGAGCUGGAGAGGGAGAUGCAGGGCGAGCGGAGGAGCGCCGACAGAGAGCAAAGGGCAGAGCGGCGGGCGAAUGGGGCUGACCACCAGCAGGAGAUUGUCGGGGGGAGCCAAGUUCGAGUCGAUGAGAGAGAAGACGCCAUGACAGCUAGACUCUUACGAGCAGAGAGGGAAAAGUCAAAGAUGGAGCAGGAGCUGGGGAGGGCCAGGAGAUUACUGGAGCAGUCAGAGGAGAGCAGGGAGUCCCUCGUUCAACAGGUGGAAGAUAUGCGCGGCGAGCUGCUGCAGACGAAGGCGGAGAAGAUGGCGCUUCACCGGACACAAAUGGAGGCUUCUCAGCUGCACGCCAGCAGCACCGAGCGAGAGGGAGGCAGAGGUCAAUUCCAGGGGUCAGAUAACUCCAAGUUGGAAAAAGAGGUGGCGGAGCUGCGGGCUCAGCUUAACCAGGCUGCAGCCCGCGGCGAGGUGGAGGAGCUGAAGAGGCUUCUGGAUCGGAAAGAGAGAGAGAAUCUACGACUGAACUCACAGGUUAAGGAAUUAUCGUCUGACCUGGAAGGACGGGAACAGCAGCAGCUACGAAUUCUGGAGCAGCUCAAAGACAUACAGAGCCGCGGGCAGACAGAGAGGAGGGAGAUGGAGGCCUUGCUGCUGGAGAGCACAAGGAGUAGAAAUGAACUGAAGAGCAGGGCUCAAGAAGCUGUUCGCCAGUGGAGGGCAAAGUGCAGGAGGCUGCAGCAGGAGCUGGAGGAUGCUCGUGCUCAAGGUCGGCUUCAAGAGGACAAGGCCCAGAAGGCCUCCAGGGAAAAUGAGGGCUCCCAGGCCCAGCUGAAGGCACUGAGCCAGCAGACUGAGGCCGCCCGCAGGGAGCUGGGUGAAAUACUACGUCGACUGACCCAGCGUGAAGAGGAGAUCCACCGCAAGGACGUGGAGCUUUCGGAGACUCGGCAGCGCCAGUUGCUGCUUCAGCAGGAGAUCCAGGAGGUAAGAGAGGCCUCAGCGGUCCUGGAACAAGAGGCUCAGCUCCAAACCUCCAUCCAGGCGAGACUAAGAGAAGAGAAGCAGAGGCUGGAGGAACAAGCUGACAGUCAAGCCCGUCGUCUUCAGAGGGACCAGGACGCAAAAGCUGAACUCCAGGCCGCCUUGAAGCAGAUGACUGACGCACACGCUCACCUAUCCCAGCGGUUGUCCCAAGAGGAUAACGCCAGAAAGGAGCUUCAGAAAGACAACUCUGAACUUCAGGCCAGGCUAACGUUGGUACAAGAGGAACGCUCUGCUCUGAGCCAGCAGCUGCAGUUGGAGAGAGAGGUCCAUCAGAAGGAGCUGGAAAACAUGAAGGCCACGAUGAAAGACGACAGGAUGAAGAAGGAUUGGGAAGUCCAGGAAAGGCUCAAACUCUGCCAACAGGAAAGGGAUGAAAUAAAGGCACAGCUAAGAGAAGCUAAGGCGGAUGCGGCGUCGGACAAGGAGCUGUGUGCGGCACUGAACAUCAAGUUGGACAGGAUGAAGGAUGAGUGUGAUAAGCUGGUGGCGCAGCUGGGCACUAAAGACGAAGCACACUCUCUUCUCCAAAGAAAAUACCAGCAACUCAAACAGGAUCUGGAAGACAAAGUGAGAUUAGGUGAGCGGAGACGCGUUUCUGAGUCGGAGCUUGCGAGGCUGGAAAAGAAGGUUUUGACAAUGGAAGCUGACCAAGAAACGGUGCUUACUUCUCUUGGGGAAGAGCUUGAUGCAGUCUGCCGUAGCCUGGCGAGGAAUGGUGAAGACAAACUACAGGCGAUCUCUCAGAGACCUGGAUUGGUCAAGGAUCCUCAUUGUUGGCUUUCUGAGACAAAGAUUAAACUGCGCUGGCUGUGUGAGGAAGUGCAAGAGCGCGACAUGAAGGAUCGCCGCCUUAGGAAGCAACACCAGCAAACCAGAGACCAGCUGAAGGCUCUCAGGCAGAGCCUGGAUCAACAGGAGAAGCUGUUGCUCUCCCACAGCACUGAGAAGAAAGAGCUGCUGGAGAGAAGUCGCAGGAAGGAGGAAGAAAUGAGAAGCCUUCAGGAUCGUGUGUUGGAUCUGGAGAUGAGCACAAGAGUGGCGCUGGAACACCUGGAAUCACUUCCUGAGAAAAAAUGUCUAAUGGAGGACUUCAAAGAUUUGGAGGAAUCACAGCAGCAGAAGGAGUUUGUAGAGCAGCGCUACGUUAAAUACAGAGAGAUCGUCCGGGACCUGCAGCACCAGCUGGAUGAGUCCAAACGCAGAAUCCAAGAGUACAGAGAUGAAAAGUUGGAUGCCACCUCAAGGAGUCUGAGACUUGCUGCCUUUUCUUGUUCCAUCAAAGACCCCAGCACUUUCCUGAGCAGCACUCUGAGGUCUGACUGUCUCUCCCCCCCCAGACGUCUGACCACUACAGACCUGGAUGACUCCACAGACGAGGGGUCUCGACUGCUCAUGCAUUAGUUGAGUGUUGAUAAAACCCUCCAUGCGGACCUUUACAAACCUCGACACUCGGCGUCUCUUCCAGCCUGGUGCUCACCCACAACAAGCGUGGCUGUAGCAGGAGCCCUGGGUUCAACACUAAUCCUCUUCAAGUAGCUCAGGAACAUCCUCACUGAUGGUGCUCGAGAGAAGAGGGGUCAGAGAGAUUUCAUAAACACGCUGAAGGAGGAACUGCUGGUCUGUUCACUCUGAGGGGAACAACUGUGAAGACUUUUACCUAGAAGCGCCUGUGUUUAAUAUAUUUAUCAAGAUUUAAUCUAAAAUUGUUUUAUUUUUUACAUAUGAUCCGUCCAGAAGCUGUUUAAAAAAUGCCACUUCUAUGAUAAUGCCAAUGUCUAUGUGCGAAAGAUGUUAUAUUGACUAGCAAAACACUGGUGCCUUUAAACAAACUACUUUUUUUUACUAACCUGUAACGUUUCUAUCAUGAGCUGUCUUAUCACUUUUUAGCAAUGCAGUAUAUAUUUGUAUGGAAAACAUUAAGAAAAGGUUUAUUUUUAUGAAUUGUUCCAAAAGUAAAC